AUGUCGUCAACAGUGACAUCCGCUUCUGCCUCCCCAACAUGUGGCUCGACCUUGUACAACAUCCCUGUUGACGAUGCGGCUUGUGCAAUGCCAUAUGGUGGAAACCACACCGACAUCAUGGCGGCGUGCUGCAAGUCGGCCGCCGUGAUUAGCUACUAUGAUAACUGCGGCGUCUACUGCCUAGCCAUCGACCAGAGCAUUUCCGACCUGACCGACUGCAUGUACAAGAACGGUGCUCCCUAUGGAAACGAGGUCUUCUGCCACGGAAACACAAGUGCGACGGCCACGGGAGACGCCAGCUCGACCCCCACAGGUACCAGCGUCGGCGCCAGCAUUGUCGCCAGCGCCACCGAUGCCAGCAAGACCGGCCACAGCACAUCCUCGGGCACCAGCUCGAGUUCCACUUCCUCCUCGUCCGGCAAUGCUGCGCCGAGGUCGCACACCAGCUACAGCAUUACUACCCUGGGCCUGACGGUGGGUGCGCUUCUCUUCUCGGCCACAACGCUGGGCGCCUUCGCGCUAUGA